AGUGCUUUCGCUGUUCCCUUUGCCUGAGCCUGCGCCUAGUAUAUACGCCGCAUAAAUCUCGAAUAUCGAUUUCCAGCAGGUUGCUCCCUACUAAAUUUUUGCAAGAUGCCUAAGGAAACGAAGCAGUCCAAGCGGGCGGCUGAGAAGAGCGAGAAGGGGUCGCGUGCAAAGGCGAAGAAGGACCCGAAUGCGCCGAAACGCGCGCUGUCGGCGUACAUGUUCUUCAGCCAGGACUGGCGGGAGAGAAUAAAAGCUGAGAACCCUGACGCGGGCUUUGGUGAGGUUGGCAAGCUAUUAGGCGCCAAGUGGAAGGAAAUGGAUGAUUCGGAGAAGAAGCCUUACAUCGAACAGGCAGCAAAAGACAAGGAGCGGGCCGAACAGGAGAAGGCCGCUUAUGAUAAUAAGAAGGCUGACAGUGGAAGUGGAGGCGACGAGGACGACGAGUGAUCGUCCCGUCCCUCUGCACAUCCUCUCGGACGGCUGCGGCAUUUAUGUCGGACCGUGUACAGGCAUACGCUCUCCCCCCCCUUCACAUUUCGCAGUGACUUCCACCGGUCUCGUUUACUCUGCCUCGUUGUAUCCGGACUCUCGCCUACCCUAUAUUCGGCCGUGUCAUCGUCCUCCCUCUGCCCCAUGCCCUGCCUCUGUACCCUGUUCCCGCCCAGUGCUUUAUUAUCCUUCAUCUGUCUGAAUGGACUCUGUAUGUUUCAUCUCUCGCUGCCCCAUUAACCACGCGUGCUCGUCGGCGGUAUGUGAUUCUCGAUAUGUAAUUCUAGAUAAUCUGUCCGUAGUCAUGGUAUGUAUCUAAUGCUGUGUACUAUGUACGCGACCAGGAGUUACCGACG